GUUGCAAAUGUUCUGCUUGGACGUUUUUCGCCUCGUUUGUUAUGUAUGGUUGGAGGGUUGACCGGUUCGGUGUGCUUGAUGAUGUGUUCUACCGUCCAAACCAACAUCGAGCUCGCGGUUUUUCUUUUCAGCUCAGGGCUCGGAUUCGCGAUGACCGUCCUCCCCUCACAAGUGUCGGUUAUAUCUGCUUUUAAAGGCAAUUACACGCUGCCGUUCUGUGUUAGCGCGAUGGGUGGCGGUGUAGGAAUGAUGGUGCUCCCGCUCUGUACCCAGAAACUCUUGGAGAUCUACGACUGGCGCGGAGCAAUGCUCCUUCUUGGGGGACUCAAUCUCCACACUGUGGUUUCAGGGGCAUUUUUACAAGGAAAGGUGAUGCAGAGAGUUUCCCCAAGAGACAUAUCAACUACAAGUGAUACAUCGACAUCGUCGGUGUCGGAGGAUGCUGCACUAGCUGCGCUACCACUCCGAUGUUGGCGCAAUGUUCGGGCACUUAUUUUGAUCGCCUACCGCAAGUCAGGUGUUAGCGUCUUAGGAAAAUAUCCACGAUUGACCUAUAUGAUAAUAGUAUCAUACCUCCAUGGAAUUACGUACGCCGGUUGGACUAUCUUCGUUAUAUCUAACGCAGAAGUAAAGGGUCUUCAAGAAGAAACUGCCGUUUUUCUGUCUGUUGUCGGCGGGAUUGGAAACACAAUUGGUCGUCUUCUACCAGGCGCCUUGAACUUUUUAAACAAAGACUUAUUUCCUUCCAGAGUUUCGUUUCUAGCGCUUGGUGUCAUUGGAUCAGUGCCUCUAUGUUUGAACUCGAUAGCGACAAACUUUCCAACGUUGUGCGUCUUUGCCAGCCUCAAUGGCCUUGCGUUAGGAACAAAAGCUAUCACUAAGAGUGCAGCAUCGGUGGACGUCGUUCCAGAAUCGUUUUCGUCGACGGCCUUAGCGUUCGCAUUGGUGUGUUCGGGGAUGGGUGAACUAACUGGUGGAUGGGCGACAGGUAAAAUCUGGGAUGUAACAGGCUCCAUGGAUACAGCAUUUUUGUUUCUUGGAUGUGUAGAUAUCGUGGGUGUCGUCAUUCUGUUGCUGGGCAUGAUCCACGAGAAAAUCAUUCAAUUGAAAAACAAGACCAAUGGGGCAUCAGGAAAUUAAUUUUAAGGUGUACGUACAAUUUUCUAUGGAAUAUUUAUCUAUUUAUUAUUUACACAUAUUUAUACAAAUACACAAGAUCAGAAAUAAAUCUCUUUUGCAUCUUGGACCUGGUAUUAAACGCAUCAUAUAAACAGUAGUAACAAUAACAAAGUAUAAUGAAGUAAAAUACACAAUACAUCAUAGUAAUACAAAAUAUGGUAACAUAACAAAAAUGAUUCUAAAUAUGAGUGAAGGCUACAUAUAACAAUAUCAACAUAAAUAUAAUAAUAUAAAAGUAUGCAAAUGUAAGGUUUCAGCUCAGAGAUUGGGGGUAAUUACAAUGGAUUCGCUUUUUAUUUUUUGGUACAAUAAUUUGAAAAUAUCCAGAGACUGAGCAUUUUGAAAGUUAGUGGGUGGUAGAUUCCAUGCUUUAGCACCGGCAUAUAAUGAAGGCUGACAACUUAGUUGAAUGUUUGGUUUAGGCGGCGCAUCAUUAAGGGAAUUAGCAGUAUGCAUAUUCAGUUCAUGCCUUUCGAAAAACUUUUCAAUCUCAAUGCAUAAACUGGAUAGGGCAAGACCGUGAACACAUUGGUACAUCAGUUUAAAUAUCAAAUAAUCAAGUCGAUUCUCAAUUAUUUACCAAUAUAGAUAUUUCAUCAGGUCAAGACCAGAGGUAUUAAUAUAAUCGUAAUUACCGGUUACAUGACGAGCUGGCCUUUUUUUAAAGUCUCAAUAGGGGUAAUUACGAAGAAAGGUCGGUAUCCUCUUUAAAUUACAGCACUUUGUCCCGAAAUAUAUAUUGAUACUGUUGUUUAAAAACUCUGA